UGCAGCGGUUUCCUCACCUCGUUUGGACUCAGACAUCAUACCUCUGCAUAAAUAAACAACCAUGACUUGGACCGUUCCAAAAGACUACGAAAACCGGCCGAUCGUCGUCCUCGGCGCCGGCGUCCUGGGCCGGAGAAUCGCCGCCUGCUUCGCCGGAGCCGGGUGGCACGUCAUCAUCUUCGACCCGUCCGACAAGUCCAGGCAGGCCGCCGUCGACUACAUCCGCGACAACAUCUCCACGUACCUGGGUAUCUCCCACGGCCGGCAAGGAACGUGGGAGGCGACGGCGGACAUGGCCGCCGCGGUCAAGAACGCCUGGCUCGUCUUCGAGGCCGUCCCGGAGGUCCUGUCCCUCAAGAUCGACACCUUCCACCAGCUCGAGCAGCUCGCGCCGGGGGACUGCAUACUGGCGUCCAACAGCUCCUCGUACAAGUCGAGCGAGCUCCUGGACAAAGUCACGGACGCGACCAAGCAGCGCGUGCUCAACACGCACUACAUGAUGCCCCCACAGGCUUUGAUUGUCGAGCUCAUGACGAGCGGUUCCACGGCGGAGGCCAUCUUCCCGUUCCUAUCGCAGGAGCUGACCAAGGUCGGGCUGAAGCCCUUUAUCGUUCAGCGAGAGUCCUCAGGUUUUAUUUUCAACCGCAUCUGGGCGGCCAUCAAGCGCGAGGUGUUGGCGGUCAUUGCCGAGGGCGUGGCGGAUCCCUUGACCAUCGACAAGAUCUGGAUGGACCUGUACCAGUCCCCCGUGGGGCCGUGUGUGAUGAUGGACAGCGUCGGUCUCGAUACCGUCGAGCACAUUGAGCAGAACUAUGUCCAGAAGCGCAACCUGCCAACCACAACCUUAGAUUGGCUGCACGACAACUACAUCGCGCAGGGCAAGCUGGGCAACAAGUCGGAAAAGGGCGGGCUGUACCCCCCGGCGCCGGAGGGCGAGCAGACGCAGCUGCUCGUGCUCAACAUCUACCAGGGCGCCACGCCGGACGAGCUCGCGCCCCAGCAGAAGAUGUCGAGCGGGCAGAUCCUGCAGGUCGGGCUGGCGGACAAGAAGAGCGCGCGGCCGACGGCGCUCGUCACGGGCCAGGCGAUCCCCGACGGGAUCGCGGUACACGGCGACCGGAUGUACUGGACGGCCAUGGGAGUUCCCGGGGACAACGACGGCGCUGUGUACUCGGCCCGGCUGCGGGACGGGGGCGACAUCCGGACCGUGAUACCCGUGGGAAAAGUGCACACGCCGAAGCAGCUGCAUAUCGAUGCUGUGAGUGGUAAAAUCUACUUUUGCGACCGCGAGGGGCUGCGCGUGCACCGGUGCGACCUGGACGGCUCGCGGCACGAGAUCCUAGUGCAGACCGGCGACUGGGAGACGGAGCCGGACAAGGUCGCCGACCCGAGGAACUGGCCCGUCGGGAUCGCCGUGUCGAGCAGGCUGGGAAGGAUGUUCUGGACGCAGAAGGGCCCGUCCAAGGGCUUCCAGGGGCGCAUCUUCUCGGCCCCGCUCGAGCUGCCCCCGGACAGCACGCCGUCGACCCGCGAGGACAUUGAGCUGGUUGCCAGCGGCCUGCCGGAGCCGAUCGACCUGGCUAUCGACGAGGAUGGCGAGGAGGUGGUGCUGUACUGGACGGACCGCGGGGAGAUCCCCUUUGGCAACACGCUCAGCAGGAAGACAAUCACCACCAACACCAAAACCACGGAUGGACGGGUCCCCGAGGCAGAGGCCAAGCUGGGCCGCGAGAUCCUGGCCCAGGGGUUUGGCGAGGCGAUCGGGCUGUGCCUGGACAAGGCGCGGAGGCGGGUGUAUGUCGCGGACAUGGCGGGCCGGCUGUGGGACUGCCCGAUGGACGCGCCGGGGCCCAAGGAGAAGAUAUACGAGUCUUCGGGGCAUGCGUACACGGGCAUUGCCAUGUAUCAGUCGUAGGUUGUGCCGCAGAACCGGGGCCAGCAAUGGGCUCAUUUCAUGCCUUUUGUUGCAAAUUAUUGGCUUUCAAUUUUUUAUUUUUUUUCUUGUUUCAUUGUUUAGCAAGGAGUCGCAUCGGAGAGGAGUUGGUGAGUAAAAUACAUUAUAGACUUGUGAUCAAAUAAAUUAAUUAUCAAACUAGGCAAGUUAGAAG